AGAAUUUCUUCAUUGUUAUAAAAGUAAAGAUAAAAGUACAAUGUCUUCAUCGGCCAAGCACAUUUGUACAAUAUGUCAUUAUGAUGACAUCUCGAAAGCAGCAGUCACGUGGUGCAAAGAAUGUGAGGUUUUCUUUUGUGGAGACUGUGAAAAACCUCAUAAAAAAUUAAGAGUGACCAUGAUUCAUAAAACCAUGUCAUCUCAAGAUUAUCAAAAGUUACCUAUAGUCAUGCAAGAAAUAAGCAGUACGUGCAGAGACCACAACAAGAAGUUUGAACGUUUCUGUUCUUUCCAUGCAUGUCCCUGCUGUGACCAAUGCAUCACUGAUAAACACCAGAACUGUAGAGACAUGGAACAGCUUUUAGACAAUGAUAAGCAAGUUAAAGUAUCUGUCGAAAACGAGUUGAGGGAGGUGAAUGAUGACUUAGAUAAAGCCAUAACAUACCUGAAAACCAGGAUCCGUACAAUCGAUACUCAGAAAACUGAAGCAUUUGAGCAAAUCCGCUAUUUCAGGAAGUUGAUCGAUGAUUACUUGAAUAAAAUAGAGCAAAAAAUACUCAAUGACUUGGACUCUAAUCAUUCGGAGCUGAAAUUAAACAUGGCCUCUAUCGUACUACAAAUGGAACAGCGACUCAGUAAGAUAGAACAAAUCCAGAGCGAGUUUACCAAAAUGACACAAUAUGCAACUGAGUUACAAAAGUAUAUUGGUCUAAGAGAGAUUAAGAAAACUACAUCACAAACAUCAAAAUAUAUAGAAGAUUUAGAAAGUGGAGACCACUUCAUUGAAAAGAAUCUAGAGGUUAACAUUUCAUCUGCUCUUCAAUCAAUUUUACAAGAUGUCAAAUCAUUUGGAGAUAUACAUAUUAAUGCCACCUAUUCUACCCUCAAAUUAAAGGCCGGAAAAAAAGAUCAAGCCCAAUGUAUUCCUGUAAUUGAUCAAAUUAAACCAAAAUUGUUUAAAAGACUGACAAUUCCCCAAAAUAUGAAGUUUUUAAAUAUAAUGGCCUGUCUGGUAUUACCUGAUGAUAAAGUUAUAAUUCUUGAUUACAAUAAAAAACAACUACUGCUUUUUAGUGAUGAUGGCAAAUUUAUGAAAAAAGUAGUUACAUUCAGAGAAUAUCCAAUCGAUGCUUGCUUCGUCAGAAAUAAUACAGUGGCUGUCAUAUUUGGAUCAGCAAACCAAGCACGCCUGGUGGAUGUUGAAUGGAAAACAAUUAUUCAAAAAGUUGAAAUUUCUCAUUGUUGUUAUGGAGUAGCUAGUGAUGGUAGGAAUUUAAUCAUCAGCAGUGAUAACUAUAAAAUUACUAAAGUAAAUCUGGACGACAUGUCUCAAACAAUCUUCGAAAAAGGAGUGAAGGAACUAUGUUAUAUUUCAUUAUUCCAAGGAAAUAUCACUGGUACCACAUCCUCUCAAAGCAAAAUCUGCUGCUGGAAAAGUACCGGGGAACCCUUCUGGACCUUUCAGCCCGAAGACAUUGUCGAACCAGGAGGACUUACAUUAGACAAGAAUGGCUUUGUUUAUAUAGCUUCUCAUGGGAACAACAGUGUCGUGGUAGUAUCACCUGAUGGUAAAAGCAGUAGGAAAAUACUAUCAGGGGCUGAUGAAAUCAAAGCUCCUUGGGCAAUAGAUAUAAACAGCAAAACAGGAAUGAUGGUUGUAUCCAGUUAUAUAAGUGAUGAGGGAAGGGAUACAUUCUAUGAUACAGCUUUUAUUUAUAAAAUCUGAAUUGACUAUCUUUUUAAUUUUUAUAGAUAAAGGUCUAGUCUUGCAAAUAUUUUUAUGAAAUCAGAGAUUAAUGGCUAUAUCAAUUCACUGAUUUCGGACGUGCUGUACAUGCUCUGUGUUGAUUGUUUACCAAUAUCACGAUCCGGUAAACUUUGGCAACAAACUCAUGAAUUGAGUUAAUCAGGAAAAAUAAAUAUUCAUUUUCAUACAGGAACAAGAAUCUAUAGAUAUCUUGUUUUUAUUUGUUUUACUUAGUUUGGAUUAAAACAAACUACUUUUAUUUACUUUC